AUGGCAACCGGCAAGGCAGAGAACCACGAAAUCAAGACGGACGACCUCUUCAACGUCCGCCAUGUCUCAGCUGUGGUUACGGGAGGGCACACUGGCAUCGGUCUCAUGAUCGCGCAAGCAUUGGUCGCCAAUGGUGCGAGGGUCUACAUCACCGGCCGGAGAGAGGACAAGCUCGAGAACGCCAUUGAGAAGUACAACACCGGACCAGGAAAGAUGGAACUGCUUGUUGGAGACGUGAGCAAGAAGGAGGAGUGCAUUCGGCUGGCAAAGGAAGUCACACAGAAGGAGAUGAGAGGCAUACAGCUGCUGGUCAACAACGCCGGCAUUGCGAGGGAUGACAACACGAAAUUCUCAAGCAACGGCCGGCCUGAUGUAAACUCGGCGGACUCAAUCUCCCAGCACUUCCUCCGCUCCGAAGAGCAGCAGUGGCUCGACACAUUCCACACCAACGUCACCGGCCAGUACUUCAUGUCCAUGGCCUUCCUGCCUCUGCUGGCCAAGGGGACGGAUCAGACACCCGGCUACAGCUCGUCGAUCGUCAAUGUCAGCUCCAUCAGCGGUUCGAUGAAAGGCAGCAGCAACGGGCAAUUCGCGUACGCCUCUUCAAAGGCCGCCUUCACGCACUUGGGCCGUAUGCUAGCGACGACUUUCAAGGACGUCAAGGUCCGCGUCAAUACAAUCGCUCCCGGCGUGUUCCCGAGCGAGAUGACGACAGGGUCGAGCGGAGAGGACAACAAGAGCCAGCUCGAUAUGCAAAUGUCGAAUCCUGCGGGGAGGCCAGGUCAUGAUACCGAUAUGGCCGCCACUAUACUGUUCCUUGCAGGAAAAGGCGGCGUGUUCUACAACGACCAGGUGCUGUACCCAGAUGGAGUCACAUCCUUUCUGAUCCGGCGACUCAACCUUCACACCCAAACACAAAGAAACCUUCACCACCAACCAACCAACCAACCAAUAAUCACGUCCGAAGCAACAGUCGCGCUGAUGCCCGGCUCCAUGGAGGCCCUGUUCGUCAAAUCCAUAUUCAACACCAUCCUGCGCUGGUUCGCACCCUCCCCGACCGCCCCUCAAGCCCCCCUCGCCCACUACACUACCACCACCACCACCUCAGCCCUAGAGACGAGGCGAGCCACUCGCGCCGCCUUCUCCGCCGACGCAACAGUAGCAUCCGCCGCAGGCAGCCGCUACACUGGGGCACCGGCUACCCGCUUCGCCCAGGAGGCGAUCAAGAGCGACCUCUGGGUCGCCAUCGAAUGGCUGUGCAAUUGGAUCCUGCCGCCCGCGCUGCUGCUGUGGCUCGCCCACGGCACGGUGAACUGGCGCGCCUGGUUCUGGGAGACCGUUGGAGAGCUCCCGCUCGCUUCGGUCGGAGAGGUCGUUCUCGCGGUGAUCACAUUCGUGCUUCUCCUCCCCUUCCGCCUGCUCGGCGCCACUGCAGCGGGCGUCCUCGCGCUCACGACCCGCUUCCGUCUGCGAGACCACCUCGCCUUCUUCUCCCGAUGGCUUGACAGCGUCUCUCUCGCCCUCCGCUACAACCCUGUAGUAGAUACGCUAUACCUCCACUAUCAAGAAACGCGCAACUGGCUUGGACGGUACAAACUCUGGAUUUUGGCAUGUGGCGUGCUUCUCUACCAUCUCAGCAAGCAGGAUCAAAGCGUCAGCGCUUACGAGAGCGCGGGUUUGGUUGAGUGGGCGGAGGUGGAUAGGCAGGUUGUGGUGCCGGAGAUGUUUUGGCGGCAUCGGGCGUUGCAUUUGGGGCUUGAUCCUAGGGGGUGUUGA